UUGCCGCCAAUUUUAUCUAUACUGUCAACUGUUAUGUCAAAUGGACAAUGUGACAAUGACGUUAAUUGCAAAGGAGUAACGACAAUUUAAUAAUAAAAGUUUGAUAAUAUUAAGAAAGCUGCAAUUUAUUAAAUAGGUUAAUUAAAAGAAUAAUGCUAACAUUUCCGACAAAGGCUUUGUUUCGACAAUAAGAUCAUAAUAUUUUUGGAAAAUAAAAACGAUAACACCAAAAAAUAAAUUUGCCUUAAGUAAAGAAAAAUUACUAUUAAAAUUUAUAUUGUGCUAACUUCAAAAAAAUGUCACACGAUCUUAUGAGUCAGUUUUAUGGGUGUUUCAAUUUACCUUUGCAUGAAAGGAUAAUGGAAUUGAGUAGAAUAAUAGAGGUAGCAAGCCCUAACAAGGAUUUACAGACAUUAUUCCCUCAACUUGUUAAUAACAUUUUUGCAUCUUCAUUGAAUAAUGGAUGGGGUUUGAAUUCAGUGACAUAUGAUGGAAACAGGAAUCUAUUUGAAAUGCUUAUAAGUUUCUUGGAACCUCAGGGCCCUAUGUUUCAACUGUGUUACAAAUUACUAUCAGAUCCUCAAUUGAAGUAUAAUCUACCACUAAAUAUAUUACCGCUAGACUUACAAGUGACAUUGGAAAGAGGCCGUUGUCCACAGUUUUAUGCUGAUUUGUUGACUGUAGAUCCUCAAUCAUUGAAAUUAAAUGUUGUUGGUUUGUCACUGAAUCCAUUUGAUUAUUACAUAUUUAACUUUGCUCUAUAUUUAAUAAGUAAUAAUCAAAAUAAAACAUCAUGGGAGAAUUGGAACAGUGUUUACUUUGCGCUAGCAUGUGACUAUCUUACACAUUUCUUGCCAACGGAUCCGAAUGUGCCUGUGUUGCCGCAUAUACCACACUACACAGGCAAGGUGCCAAUGGUGGCCCCACUUCAGACUGCAAAUCGACCUCUAGGCUCACCGUCAUUACUUCUCAUACCAGAUUUAUCAGGUAUUAGUAAUCAGCAUGCCUCCGCUCAGACACAAUCCAGGAAUGAGGUAUGGCGUUCAGAAACUGUCCUACAAGUCUUCAUUGACAUCUGGAUGAGUAUCGAACAAUAUACUAAUGGAAAUAUUGAUAACUUUCAACAAAACUAUCCAGUUCUCACAUCUAGUCCGGAAAGAGUGAGAACAGUUCGUGUCCUUGUGAAGCAUAUUCAUUCAUUUUCAGCUAAAUAUCUAACAGAUUUAGCGACUCGAUCGUCGGCAUUAAGAAAAUACGCCCGACAAAUAAUGUGUGCGAGAGCUUACCAUUAUGUAAAGCAUUUAGUAACAACAUGGCCUUUGGAUGCUUCAUUUAGAUUAGUAAUAGAGUUGUGGUUAAGUUUAAUUCAACCAUGGAGAUAUAUGGAUAAUGCGAUCACUCAGGAAAGAUUUCCGAGAGCACAACCAAUGCAGGAAGAAGGUAACUCGAACACUCUGGAUGCAAGCUAUACACAGUUCAUAGCGGAGAAUUUCCCAACAUAUACAUGCAUUUUUCAAAUGGUUCUGCCAAGAUUUAUGAGACUUGAUCUAACUACAUAUAAGAAUGCUGUAAUGUUGUUCCGAUUAGGAAAGGUCUUUUCUCAACAACAUCUAAUACCAAUUUUAUGGAAUCUAGAAAAGGCCAUGAUGGACAAUACUUCAAGUUUACAACACAGUCCGGACAAUAGUUACAAUAAUAUUUCAACUGAACACAGUUACACAUAUAAUGGCAUUUCCUUGAGUAAAUGGGUUGCAAUUGCCAAGCAAUCAAUAUCAGAACUAAAUGUGGCAGCUAAUUUUGAAUAUUCUGCUAUUUGGUCUGAAAAUAAGAAACCAUAUAUGAUGGAGUUUGUAAAAAAAAUACAUAGUGCAAAAUUAAUCGCCGAGAAGAAUGUCGAAGAAUUCAACAAAAGGAUAAAUCAACAACAACAAGCAUAUUGGGCACAUCGUAAUGUCCGUCGAGAUCCGCUCGCAGUGUUAGUGGUGAAGCCGACUAUACUGCCUCGUUUUUGGGCAACGGUGAAGCACUGGCUGCUUAUAGUAAAUAAAGAUGAAGAUGAACUACUUUUUGAAGAAAUUAAGAAAGUUCCAGAUUAUCUUAAUAAUUGUAUACAUUAUUUUUGUAAUAUUUUUGGGGUAAAUGAUAAUAUGUUACUAUCACUAGAAACCGGUAUAGAAGAAGUUUCUCAAGAGGAUGUAUCUUUUGAUAAUACAACUAAUUUUGCACAAUCUAUAACUAAUAAGUUGAGAAGCAACCCUACGUCAAUCAAUUAUAUGGGAGAUCCAGAUUUAAUGCCGAUCACAAGCUAUGAAAACACCAUAUUAGUGAGAAUGUUUUAUCAAAUCGCAACAAGAUUAAAUGAAAUCUAUGGGGAGCAAUUUAAUGCAUACUGGAAUCGGGACGACUUGUGCGGGUACGUGUCGCGCGAGGUGCUGCAGCGGCCGUGCAGCGUGCAGUCGUACGUGCGGAGCGCGGAGGGUGCGGGCUGCAGCGGCCGCAGCCGCCUGCUGCGCCGCGACCUGCCCGCGCGCCUCUCCCUGCGCCGCCUCGCCUCGCACGCCUGCUGCCUCUGGCUCGCCGCCGGAUACGCGCUCUUCCUCUUCUUCUCCAACAGUCUCAUCUUAUACGUCAUCUUCAUAUUUAUAAUGUGGACUGUUUAUAUAUUAAUGAAAGCAUCUUUGAAAAUGAUAAAAAUUAUCAAAGAUGAGUAAAAAUUGUGUUUUUAUUGGGUUUUUU